UGCAUGCAAGUUGAGUUAAUAUAGCCUACAUUAUGGUGUUGCGAUUGUUGCUUGGAUUGAAUAAUAGUAAAUUAUUGCUUAUUAUGAUUAACAAAUAUCAUGCUUCGCAGAGUGGUCGUGUGGUCUCCUCCAACGUUAUCGUAAAUUAUCGUUUCGCCCUCGGCUUUUUCCGUGUAUGUUGAAAACAGUCCCCGCCCAACUUUCUGGCUGCGUUGUUUGUUUGGACACUAAGAAGAUGGCGGCGGCCCCGCUGUACUGUGUCUGCCGGCAGUCUUACGAUGUUAGCCGGUUUAUGAUUGAAUGCGACAUUUGUAAUGACUGGUUUCAUGGCAGCUGUGUCCAAGUGGAAGAGCACCAUGCCGUGGACAUCGAUGUUUACCACUGUCCCAAAUGUGAUGUCCAACACGGACCCUCCUUGAUGAAAAAACGUAACAACUGGCACCGGCAUGACUACACAGAGCCUGACGAUGGCAGCAGGCCGGUGCAAGCAGGGACCUCUGUGUUUGUACGAGAGCUGCAGAACAGGACCUUUCCCAGUGCGGAUGAAAUCAUGGUACAGAUGCAGGGCCAUCAGGUAACACAAAAGUACCUGGAGAAGCAGGGCUUCCGCUACCCCAUCACCGUUCCCAAACUGGAUGGACUUGGUCUCAAGCUGCCCCCCUCCAGCUUCUCUGUAAGGGAUGUGGAGGAGUACGUUGGUGGUGACAAAAUCGUGGAUGUCAUUGAUGUUGCCAGACAGGCAGACAGCAAAAUGAAGCUUCGAGAGUUCGUCAAGUAUUACUACAAACCUUAUCGGCCAAAGGUGCUGAACGUGAUCAGUCUGGAGUUUUCAGACACCAAGAUGGCAGAGCUGGUGGUGGUGCCUGAUAUCGCUCAGAAGAUGUCCUGGGUGGAGAACUACUGGCCAGAUGACUCCUUCUUCCCCAAGCCUUUUGUCCAGAAGUACUGCCUGAUGGGGGUGAAGGACAGCUACACAGACUUCCACAUCGACUUCGGAGGCACAUCCGUGUGGUACCACGUACUCUGGGGAGAGAAGAUCUUCUACUUGAUCAAGCCGACCCAGGCUAAUCUUGCACUAUACGAGGCGUGGAGUUCCUCCCCCAACCAGAGCGAGGUGUUCUUCGGCGACAAGGUGGACAAGUGCUACAAGUGUGUGGUGCCGCAGGGAACCACUGUCCUCAUCCCGACAGGAUGGAUCCAUGCUGUUCUCACCUCUCAGGACUGCAUGGCGUUCGGAGGGAACUUCCUCCACAAUCUCAACAUAGGCAUGCAGCUCAGGUGUUAUGAGAUGGAGCGGCGGUUGAAGACUCCUGACCUAUUCAAAUUCCCUUACUUUGAGGCCAUCUGCUGGUAUGUGGCAAAGAAUCUACUGGAGACUCUAAAGGAGUUACGAGAGGAUAACUGCCAGCCCCCAGCCUACCUGUCAGAAGGAGUGAAAGCCUUGAUUACUGCACUGAAGAACUGGCUGAAGCGAGAGGUCACAGAGCCGGCCAGCGAGGUCCCGGACCAUAUCAGACCCAACCGUCUAAUUAAAGAACUCACAAAGGAAAUCCGUUACCUGGAGGAGGAGCAGCAGAGUGGUGCUGGAGGUAGCAAGCCAAUGAAAUCUCAGGGAAGUGGAGGAUGCCCGCUGACGCGGUCGACUCUGGACCGGGCUAGCCAUCAUGCUCGCAGGACUGCCAGACGGCUACGGCACCACCACCAUCAUCACCACGCGCCCAAGACGCCCUCCAACCUGGAGAUCCUGGAGCUGCACACGCGACAGGUGCUCAAGAGGCUGGAAGUGGGACCCUUUGAGGAGGAUGCCCCGUUCAGCUCCACGGUGACGGCCAAGUUCAACAAGGCAUCUGUGGCAUCUGCUGCAGCUGUGGAGCGGAGCCUGGACAACAACCUACGUCUGGUGAUGUGUCACGGCCGGAUUAUCAGAGAUGAGCGUUGUCACACCAGGGUGAAGAAUAGUCCGGUGUGGGAAGGUGAGAGGACUGGUGGCCACCAGUUGGGAGGGGUCCUGGUGAAAACCGAAAUCAAUGACACCAUGCAGGAACAGCACAGAGACCCAGAGAGAGGGGAGAUACCGAGCCCUCUCAGCAGUGAGUCUAACUGGUCAAGUCACCGGCUGUCAAUCAACGGUUUAGAGUUUUUCGAAAGAGUGAAUUCCGAUCUGAGGAAAGGAACCGCGGUGUACUCCGACAUCUCAGACUCUGAGUCCGAAGAGCGUUGCUCUACACAGAAAAGGGACUCUGGGAAGGAUUCAGGGAGCUCAGAUGAGGAGGAAAAGGAGUUGUGCAGGACGGAGCGAGGCACAGGCAGUGUGACGGACCUGCAGCAGGCCAGCCAGGCCCUCAGCCACCACCACAAACCACUCAAAGGAGAACAUCCUACCUCGCUAACCACAGAAGAGGAGGCUGUUGAGGGCAUGCUGUCCAUGGCAGGGCUGCUGUACCCUCAGCGACCAGAGGAGAGUAGCACUGCCCAGGAGCCCUGGUGGUCCAGCCCAGCCCAUCGCUCCCCUGACCGUGGUGAAAGAGAGCCUGCGUCAGGGGAGGAGAGCCAGGAUUCAGACAGCAACUCCACACUGAGCCUUCAGGAUGAGCGGAGGGCCCAGCAGCAUGUGCGUAAGGAGUGUCGAGCUGAACUCAGCCAGAGGAUCCAGGAGAACAAGAACUUCAUGGACAGUCAGAGCAGUGGGAGUAACAGCAGCGAGGCCUGGGGGGACCAGAGCCCCUCUCGGGCUGCCUCUAGCCCCCUCUGCCUGGACCCCAGCCCAGGGACUGACUAUCAGUACUGUGAGACCACUCUGUCACCCCCCCUGCACCCCUCGAAGAGGUCCGCCCCAAACACCCCACCCAUCAGUAAUCAAGCGACUAAAGGAAAACGUCCUAAGAAAGGUAUGGCCACUACCAAGCAGAGACUGGGGAAGAUUCUCAAGCUGAGCAGGAACAACCACUUUUUGCUAUAGCACUCAAGACCCUUAUGUCCCCAGUAAAAACUUUUUAAGGAACAACUCGACCCCUGCCCAUAUACUGAGGAUGCGUCUCUUUCAGCUUCGACUCUCACAUUCUAUCAAAAAUCAUCGCUUGGAUGGACUGCCCUGAAUCACUGACUCCACAUGCUAGAUGACAAAGACACGAGCGAGCGCACCGUUUGCCAUGGUUCCGCUGUAAAAACAGCUGCAUGGAUUCUCAGCAGUGACAUUGGAUUGUAUAUGUUCUAGUCAUCAAAAGAGAGACACAGUAAAUGUGGCUUUGUUUCAGAGUUGAAGCACCGCAACAACACAGGAUUGUCCAAAGAUGCAUGGCAGUGGGAAUUUAAAUGACGUCUUUUGAUACAACAACUUUGCAUCUGAGCCACACGCUUUUGUAUCUGUUUUGGCUGGUGCUUUACCCAAGGCUUGCACUAGCCCUUCCAACCAACACUACUUGUUAUGCCACGACAAGCAAAACAUGUUGUGCUUAAGCCGAGAAUGGCAAGUGAAGAUGCUGCUUUCUGCUACCUGGUUUUCAUCACCUCUUUGGGAGAUUGUCUUGUGUUAGUCUGACUGAAGAGCAAGAAUGGUGCUAUGGUGUUGGAACAAAUUUGAAAUGGUGCUAUAGUGUAUAUUCAUGCUAUCCUUUUUGCCUAGCCUCCUGUCACGAUCACAACAGUGAUUGCAUUUGAGAGAGGGGGGAGAUAUUUUGAUGCAGCACUCUAGUCACCUUGCCUUAUCAGCCUCCCAGUAUGUAAAAAGCUAUCUGAAUCCUAAUGCAUUAAGCCAUUCCAAAAAAUACCUCUCCCACCACAUUAAGAGUACUGCUUCUGUUUCCUAAAAGAGUUACGAGCCUUAUUGCUCUAUAGUUGAUCACUCUAUAGUUGAUCAUAUCAAAUGUGUUCCUUUGGUGCCAUCUAUUGGUCAAAUUAGGGCAGGAGCUUGAGAGUGCUGUUAUUAUUAAAGGUUUCUGAAAUUGCAAAAAGCUUUUAUAUAAAGUAAAAAAUGUACAGAAUUUAUUUACAGAAAAUAAGUUAUCCAUAAUUUAUUUCACUUUCUCUUUUGGUGUUUAUUGUUCUGUUUCUUUUGCUGGUAUUGAAUUCUGUAUUGAGGGGGGGGAAAGUUAAUGACUAUGACAAUCCUGUUACGAUGGAUAGUGUAACGGAUGUGGGAUUUUCUUCCCUAAGAGGUUGUAUACUUUGCCUCUUACAUUUGUAUGGGUGGAUUUCAGCAAAAAUCUACAAAAGAUUAUACACAUUUCCUAUCUUCUAGUUGGGCUAAGUAUGAUACUUUGAUUAAAAAAGAUUGGUCAAGAAUAUUUGGCUGUUUGUAUGAAAUUGAAAGAAUAUUUAUUUUUUUAUAAAUGUGUCAAAGGAAAAAUCCACUCAACUGUAUUUUGGCUUUUUCUUUUCAUUAGUCGGGACGGUAUCAACAGUGGACUAAUUUUAAAAAAGAGUGGAUUUUUUUCUUUAAGUGACAGAAGUUUGCUAUUGUAUGUAAUUAAGGCUACUGAUCCAGUUAUUGUUAAAGGGUAUGCUUAUUUUCCCUGUCACUAUAUAUACACCCUCAUAUUGGCUUGAAAGACCUCAGGUUGGAUUUUGAAUUGGUCUUUUUUUUUGGUGAUAAUGCCAAAAAUGUGAGCACCAUGAAUGGCUUGAAAGACCUCUUACAUUUGUAGUGAGAGAUUGCUCCAGUUUGUGUCUUUCUCAGGGACCCAUGCUCUUGACUUAAGAAAUGUUUGUUUUGAUAAGCAACAUGAAAUGACACAUCAUUGUGGACACAUUUUCUGAUCAUUGAUCUAUUCACUUUUCUUUCUUUUUUUUCCUUUUUUUAAUGUGUAGUUGGUAUUACAAGUGUCACUAAGAACCCUUUUAGCUGUACCCUUGAGUCCUUUUUUUAUAGAAAUGGAAUUAUGUAGCCUGUCUCCAACUUUCAUUCCAAAAUCGUGUUUUUUUUUCAUGCUAAUUGUUGUCACUUCAAACCGUGAAUGGUGGACACAGUUACGACUGCUCAGGGCUGUUUGAUGGUGACCGUUUCUAGACUAAAAACUUCAAAUAUUUAGGUCGACCCAAAGGAAGCAAUCUCUUUUGAAUAUAAAAACAUGUAUUUCAUUUGGCACAGAGCAUGCCAACAGAGGGGACCCCAAGUAAAAUUAAGCCAUCACUAAAUCUUCACUAUUCUCGUGUGCUACCUGGCAAGACAUAUUGCACUAACUUCCAGGUUUAAGCAUGUCAAAUAGCUUUAAGUGCCACCCACCCAGAACGGAGUUCCCAUCUUUGACUGAUUUAUUCUACACUCUCAUGUUAAUUGUGCUGCGCUCCUGUCUAGCUAUUUAGCCAUUUGCGGUUGCCUAUAUAUGCUGUAGAGAUUCAAUCAGAGAAACUUGACUUCUCCUACUCCCAGCCCUUAUAAACAACAAUAACAAAAAGAUAAAGCUUCUUAGAAGCAAAGCUCAUGAGUUGCUUUCCAGUUCCUCAACUGUUUCACUUUUCAGCAUCCAACAUGUUUGAUCGUGCAUGGCAUUACUGGCCUGCUGGCAGGGUCCUAUUAUCCAGUAGGCUACUAUUAAUUGUACAGUAUUUAUUUGACUGCAUUUUAGAUCAGUUUUACAUUUGCGUGAAGUAUUGUUGGUCAUGGUAUGUCUUUCUAUUCUGCAGAUUGCUUGUUUCAACGGCUAUAGGUUGUGAUCUUUCAAAACUAAAUAAGCUUAAGUCUUUUGACACUGUAAUCUUUGAACGUUUAUUUCUGUAUCCCAAUGUGGCCUGUAAAUAAAAUAUUUUUAAGCAA